AUGUCAUUUUCAGUGUUAAGUCACGGUGGUGCUGCUUUUUCUGCUUCCAACAAUUUCAAUUUUCGUCGCCACUUUUACUCUCAUGCUCAUUCCUCCAAUUCCAAAAUACAUCAAAAUCCUGUUGUUGUUAAUGUUGAUGAUGAUGAUGAUUCUUCAUUCAAUCGAAUGCUCCUCGAUACCAACUCCGUCUUCGAAGUUGGUAAGAUGUUAGGUUCCCUUGUUAGAAAGAACAAGUUUCAUACUGCUAUUUCACUCUAUCAUCAAAUGGAAGAAUCCAAAGGAAUUCAACCUAACUUUGUUACUUUGAACAUCUUGCUCAAUUGUUUCUGCCAACUAGGUCAACUCAAUUUUGCAUUUUCUGUAUUAGCUAAAAUUCUAAAGCUAGGUUAUCACCCUAAUACAAUAACAAUCACUACACUUUUGAAAGGCAUGUGUCUUAGUGGUCAGGUUAAUAAAGCAUUGGAUUUUCAUGACGACGUUAUAGCAAAGGGAUUUCGCCUUAAUCAAGUUAGUUAUGGAAUCUUGAUUGAUGGCUUAUGUAAAAAAGGAGAAACAAAAGCUGCCCUGCAGUUGCUUAGAAGGAUUGACGCGUUAAUGGUUGAACCGAAUGUUGUAAUGUACACCACAGUCAUUCAUAGUCUUUGCAAGGAUAAACUUGUGAGUGAUGCCUUUCAUUUAUAUUCUGAAAUGAUUGUCAAGAAUAUUUAUCCUAAUGUUGUCACUUACAAUGCUUUGAUAUAUGGCCUUUGCAUUGUGGGUCAAUUCAAAGAAGCUGUUGGUUUGUUAAAUGAAAUGUUGUUGAAAAACAACAUCAGCCCGGAUGUUUUUACUUUUACUGUACUGAUUGAUGCUUUAUCUAAGGAAGGAGAGAUGAGAAAAGCUAGAAAUGUCUUAGCUAUUAUGAUAAAACAAGGCGUGAAACCAAAUGUUGUUACUUAUAAUUCUUUAAUAGAUGGGUAUUUUUUGGUUAAACAAGUGAACAAGGCCACAUAUGUAUUCAACACUAUUGCUCGAACGGAAGUGAAACCAAAUGUUUGUACCUACAAUGUCAUGAUUAAUGGAUUAUGCAAGAAUAAAAUGGUGGAUGAAGCCAUGAAUCUCUUCAAAGAAAUGCAUUUAAAAAACAUGUCUCCUGAUACUAUAACAUACAGUUCGCUUAUUGAUGGGCUUUGCAAAUCGUGGAGAAUCUCUGAUGUUUGGUAUCUUCUUGAUGAGAUGCAUGAUAGAGGUCUACGUGCUGAUGUGAUCACUUACAAUUCUAUAUUUGAUGCUUUGUGCAAAAAUCAUCAGGUUGACAAAGCAAUUGAAUUAUUAGCGAAGAUCAAAGACCAAGGAAUUCAGCUAGAUAUGUAUACAUACACUAUAUUUGUUGAUGGACUAUGCAAAAAUGGAAGACUUAAGGAUGCACUAGAGAUUUAUCACGAUCUUUUGAAUAAAGGCUACCAUUUUGAUGUGACGAUGUAUACUGUUCUGAUUAAUGGGCUUUGUAAAGAGGGUUUGCUUGAUGAAGCAUUGUUCUUAAUGUCAAAAAUGGAAGAUAACGGUUGCACCCCUAACGGCAUAACUUACACAACUCUUAUUCAUGCUCUGUCAAAAAAUGAGAAGGCGGUGAAACUUCAUCGUGAAAUGAUUGCUAGAGAUCUUUUAUAA